AUGUUCCUCAGGUUUCCCAUCUCCUUCGCGCGCAAUUCCGAUUUCUGUCGGCCACUGACUGUUGCAAAAUUUCACGCAAUGGCUUCUAGGGCCAACUCCGCAAAGAUACUUCCACACAUUGAUCCUGAAAAUUUAAAUUAUAUCAUUUAUCAUAAGGAUUGCUCCGAUGGAUUUGGCGCAGCCUAUUCAGCAUGGAAACGUCUUGGAAAUAACGCGAAAUACUUUCCUGCAGUGCAUAGCACACCACCACCGAAUGAUAUCAAAGAUAAAAACGUAGGAAUGUUCGAUUUUGCCUAUCCAAGAACAGUCCUCACAGAACUUGAAAACCAGGUAAAAUCGUUGGCAAUAGUGGAUCACCAUGUGUCUGCCAGGGAGGAUUUAUUAGGCGAUCGUUCGGCCCACAGCGAAAAUAUCAAGAAUUAUUUCUUUGAUAUGAAUAAGAGUGGUGCUAGACUGGCCUGGGAAUUCUUUUGGCCUGAUAAAGAAGUUCCAUUGUUGCUUCGGUACAUCGAAGACAGGGAUCUGUGGAGAUUUUCUUUGCCGAGAUCUCGAGAAUUCUCUGCUUUUUGGACAAGCGUUCCCCAUGAGUUUGAAACAUAUGAUCGAUAUGCGCAAGACGAGAGUUUAAUUGAAAAAGCGAUAGAAGCCGGUUCUCACAUCCUCAAUUACAUGAAUUCUCGUGUCUCAUCAUUGGAGGUGAACGCAUUUAAACGUAAAAUAACUUUAACUACGGUCGACUCCAACAAUCAAUCUCACACGAAGACAUAUAAUGUGAUGGUCAUUAAUUCUAUAUUAUGGCAAUCAGAAUUGGGGCACGCUCUUGCGAAGAAACAAGACGCCGAUUUUAGUAUGAUUUAUUCUUACGAUGGAAGAUUGAAGAGAUAUAGUGUAGGUUUGAGAAGUCUAGAUGAAAAAGCAGACGUGUCCUUAAUCGCAAAAGCGCUGGGAGGUGGAGGACACCGAAAUGCUGCUGGUUUUGUUUGGAAACGUGAAACAAUUGAAAGUCUUUUCGAUCCUGAAUGA